AUGGCGGCGUCCAAACCCUCGACAGACGCGAACAAAAACAUCCCAGAAUAUGAAUACGCUGACGUGAACACCACCGCAUUUCAUAUCGGUUCUUUCAGAAGCGAGUGGCUGAACAGACUGAAGCCGAGCAACUACUCCUAUCAUUGGGAAGACGAGAGCACGUUUGAUGCUAACUUUUCUAAAGAGACGGGGAUCAGUGGGGAGACGCUGACUGAGCUCAAGUCCAUCUGCAGUGUCGAUUCGCUUCGUUGCCACCCUGAGGACCAGCAGCCGGAGACAGAUGUUGUUCCUCCUGACCCAACUCUGAGAACACUGGUACAAAGAAAAAGGAGACAAGAUCACAGAGCUGCUAGCAAAGUCCAAAAGAAUAGGCACGACCUCUACGCUGAUGAACUGGAGCGUUUAACUGCCGGGAGGGAACCAGAGGCUGUGGUUGACAUGGUGCCUGAAGGAGAAGUCAUUCUGACCAUCAACGUGUACUACCCGGCUACUUAUGACAAGUUUAGCUACGCCAGACCCCACAUAACUCUGCUGAUGACGGGCUCCCACAGCUUGGCAGAGCUCAGGGAUGCCAUCUGCUGUGUCAGCGACUUGCAAGUGUGCGGAGAGUUCAGCCACACGCCGGACAUGGCGCCAGAGUUCAUCAGCAAAGAUCAUUACAAGUCAGCUUUUUUUUUUUUGGAAGGAGUUUUCUAUAACGACACGCGAUACCCCGAGUGUCAGGACAUCAGCGCGAUUAUCAUUGAAUGGGCAAAGGCCCACAACUUCCCAUCCUACAGCCAAGCCAAGAUGCAAGACACAAGAUUUGUGGAUAUGAAAGUGAAAGUGGGCUUCCCGUACCUCUACUGUCAUCAGGGAGACUGCGAACAUCUCGUCAUCAUCACAGACAUCAGACUGACCCACGCGAACGACUGCCUGGACAAGAAGCUGUAUCCACUUCUCACAAACAAGUUCAGGGUCGUCACCCAGAAGUGUGCCGUCUGCCACCUCUACAUCGGAAGAUGGGUUACCACCAACGACCGGUUUGCUCCGAGUGACCCGUGUCUCUUCUGUGACUUGUGCUUCCGGAUGCUGCACUACGACACUGAAGGCAAGAAGCGUGGAGAUUUCCAGGCCUAUCCCUACGUGGACCGUGGCGCAUUCAACUGAUUAUUUUCUUUGGAUCAGUUCACUUAUUUAUGCUGUGUAAUACACUGCAAUGUUUUAUAUCCCAGAAAAACGUUGAGACAUUUGGGAAAUUUAUAUUGUUGUUUUUGUACAUUAAUGCAGCUUUUGAAUCCAUCAGUAACAUUUACUGGAGAACAUGUUUAACAUACAUAUUUACAUUUACGUACAAAUUUGUUAAAGUUUGAAACAACACAUUCUUGGUUCUAUUUAGUAAAAGUUUAAAUGCGUGGUUUGAUCAUUUGAUAAAAGAUUCUCAAAAGCAA